AUGGCCAUAUUGACGUGUAUGAUUCUCACCAGCAAUAUAGAAACUCCAGCAUUCUUGCCUCCAUAUUUACUUGACAGAUUGCUAACACGCGUGAAAAAACUGAACUCAUUGGUUUUAUACCAUACAAUUACCUGGUGUCUGUUUGCUACAGUCAUUCAAAUGACAAUACCAUACCUUGUUUUAAUUACAUUCGCUCUUGUUUCCUUGCAGGGAACAUGCAGUUAUGUUGUUUACGGACUAACGGAUACAGAACUAUUUAAAGCUUGCUAUCGAAAUCGCAGAAAUCAGCAAAAACAAGAAAAUACAAAAGAGGGAGACGAAACGUUAUCGAUAAAUCCACCCAUCAAAAGUAAACUAUCAAAGUAUAAUCAGUCUGGUCGUGAUGAUAGUCAGCAGGAAUAUAGUCGGCCAGAUGAUAAUGAGGUUUUUCAAAGAAAUAAGACGACGUACAAGAAUUUUGAGUAA